AUCAGAAUGGCUCCAGCGGCCGUCAUCGUUAUCUCUCUGCUCGUGUUCAGUGCAGUUCAAGUCCAUUUGUGUGUUUCUUCUAUUCGCUUCCCAGUGGUACUUAGGUUACACUUGUCCUGUGCCGUUCACUUGCCCAAAUGUUUUUACUAUAACGCCAAUUUCAUAGAAGGCGACGACAGUAUCGAGCGGAAUGAAUUACAGUACAGCAUGCUGUCUACCACCGAUCCGAAGGCGUUCGACGGUGUGCAGGAACUGAACAUUUCCGGAAACGUACCACUACCGAGCUUUGACUUCUUCCGCCAUCUACCGAUGCUGGCAACACUCAACAUGUCUCGAAUGAAUUUGUCCUUCACGCCGGCAGCGAGUAACAUUUUCACAGACUUGACGCAGCUAAGCGAGCUAGAUUUAUCGGCCAACCGCAUCACCAACGUUCCGGACGGAGUGUUUACCAAACUCCUAAACCUAGACUGGCUCGAUUUGUCCGGCAACAAGGUCCAACUGACCAACACAACCUUCACCGGGCUUGAGCGUCUUCGUGCACUCAAUCUAGCCACCAACGAUAUUUCCAUGCUGCCGAUGGGAUGUUUCGCUGGCCUGUUAUCGCUCAACAACCUCAAUCUUCGUCACAAUCACAUAUCCAAGCUGGAUUUCGGAACGUUCUCAAUACACGGAUUGAAGCGCUUUGGUGUACUGGAUCUAUCCUACAACCGCUUCGUUGACCCGAAUUUGAGCCCACUGGCAACCUUGGGAAGCUUGAACACUUUGUUACUACACGGCAUUGACCUAUGGACGAUUGACCCGCAAGUCCUCCGGCUGUUCAAGCUCCAGCAUCUUGGCAUCCAACACACGGAAGUGAAGUGCAGAAAUUUGAUUGACCUAGGGGCUGCCGAUAUUGAAUUGAUAGCCGAUGACGGUGAUUACGUCUACGACCAACGGAACAUGUACGGUAUUCGGUGUGAGCUGUAG